UGUCAUCAUAGACUAUAUAAAAACGUCGGCACCAUGGAUGUAUUAUAAGACAGCCAUGCUGAUACAUCCACGCGUCAAACCCGCUCGUCAGGAACCUGUGGGUGACGUCACGGAGGCUACGUCCAUCUUUAUUUACAGUCUGUGGUUGUCAUUCGUUGUGUGGACGCCGGUGUGUUUAUUGUCGUGGCUGCACGUAAUUGGACCGACACAGAAGACAGGCAGAAGGUUUUGACAGCCGCAUGGGACAAAACAGUUCACAGGGCGCCAAAAUGACUCCCCCUGUCCGUGUCAUCGUGGUGGGAGCUGGCUGUCGAGGGGAGAUCUACUCCAAGUUUGCAUCCGUCCAUCCUGAUCGCAUGAAGGUUGUUGGAGUUGCUGAUCCUAGGAAGUUUGCUCGCACUAAACUUCAACAGCAACACAAAAUCACAGAUGAAAACACAUUUGAUGACUGGCACAGUAUAGUUGAGAGAGAGAAGUUUGCAGAUGCUGUGUUAAUUUGUACUCCAGACCGCCUUCAUAAGGAACCUGCUGUGGCCUUUGCAAAGAUGGGCUACCAUAUUCUGCUGGAAAAACCAAUGGCAACAACUGCUGAAGACUGCACUGCGAUUGUGGAGGCUUGCACUCAGAGCGGUGUGAUGCUGUCAGUGGGUCAUGUUCUCCGGUAUGAUCCCAUCAUCCACAAGAUAAAGGAGCUGCUAGAUUCCGGAGUCAUAGGUGAUGUGAUGCAUAUUCAGCACUUUGAGCCGGUUGGCUUUUAUCACUUUGCUCACUCAUUCGUUCGAGGAAACUGGAGGAAUGAAGCUGAGAGCUCUUUCGUUCUUUUGGCCAAAUCGUGCCAUGACAUUGACCUAAUACAUAACUGGGCUGGAGCACGAAGGUGUGUGAAAGUGUCAUCAUUUGGAUCUGUCAGCCACUUCCAAAAAGACUACAAGCCAAAAGACGCUGCAGAUCGCUGCCUGGAUUGUUCAGUAGAAAAACACUGUCCAUACUCAGCACGCAAAAUCUACCUGGACAGAGUGAAACAGGGUCACACAGGCUGGCCUGUAUCAGUCAUAUGUCCAAACUCGUUGCCAGACAUCGAGUCAGUAACUGAGGCGCUGCGGACUGGACCAUAUGGCCGCUGUGUGUACGAGUGUGACAACGAUGUCUGCAGUAACCAGGUUGUUAACAUAGAGUUUGAAGGCGGCCUGACCGCAGCCUUUUCCAUGGUCGCCUUCACUGAGGAGGUCUGCAAGCGAAAAACAACCAUUUAUGGCAGCAAGGGGGAGCUGUCAUACGAUGGCCAUGAGGUACGUGUGUUUGACUUUCUGACCCAGAGAUCCACAAAGCACAGACCACACAGCAAUACGCCCUGGCUGUUUGGCAUGAGUGGGCAUGGUGGAGCAGACUAUCACCUUAUGGAUGCCUUUAUUUCUGCUGUGGCGAGUAAUGAUCCAUCCCUGAUCCGAUCGGGCCCUGUGGAGACGCUGCUGAGCCACCUGCUGGUGUUUGAAGCUGAGCGUUCACGACUGGAGGGCAGAGUCGUGCACUGUGGUGAUGUUAGCAAGGGCUAGAUGACACUGAAAAACAUGUUGACAUGAAAAUGACCUCAUCUUAAAGAUCAAACACUAUGAUGCUACCCGGGUGAUCGAAGACACAAUUAGACUAAUGAAAGGCCAAAUCUUGUGAGAGUAUUUAUGUUCAUUAUUUAGUUAUAUUGCUCAGGGAUUUUAAUACUGUGGUGUUUGAGUCAAUGUGACUGAUUGAGUGAAUCUGUUUAGUUUGUUUUUAAUUAUGUAAGCAACUUGUCAAGAACUUGAUCAUUUGUUGUUCAGCAUAAUGUCAAUGUACAAUCAUUUUUUGAUUAAGUAAUGUUCAUGUAUUCUCAUAAUUUCUACUAAAAUAUUGGGAAUAUGUGUAAUUUACAUUGUCUUUUAAUCACUGUCUGCUCUUAAUGUUCCUCUGAAUGUCAUCCCAUAAACAACAUGGUUUUUCCCA